AUGGGUCGUAUGGCAUCAUUCAAGGUGGCACCAACGUCACGCCUGUCGCAGGCGAUGAGCAAGUUGAGCAUGAAGAAGCUGCAACAGGCUGUUGAGGAGAAAUCCAUGGAAGAUGAAGGUAUGGAUGGGAAUCUGUUUUUGCUGAAGUUUCUCUUGCUGCGUUUCUGUUUGGCUGAUGAGUGCUGUUCAGAAAUGGAGCUGAUGAAGGAAAAGUACACGAAGCUGCUCCUUGGGGAGGACAUGUCAGGGGGCGGCAAGGGUGUCUGCACUGCUGUGGCCAUCUCCAAUGCCAUCACCAACCUAUAUGCAACUGUGUUUGGGACCUGUCACAGAUUGCAGUCACUGUCUCCUGAGAAGAAAUCAAAGUGGAACCGGGAGAUGGAUUGCCUCCUCUCCAUUUGCGAAUACAUUGUAGAAUUCGCCCCGAUAGUCCAGGCCAGACCUGAUGGAAGCACCCACGAUGUGAUGGCAACCUCACCGCGAUCAGACAUUCUGAUGAACCUUCCUGCACUUGAAAAGCUAGAAACCAUGCUCCUUGGUAUAUUGGACAGCUUCGACAAGGCAGAGUUCUGGUAUGAAGACCAGAGGAAGCAGUCCUUCAACGAAACCAAGAAGUCGUUCAAACGUAAUGAGGAUAAGUGGUGGUUACCUGAGCCGUGUGUGCCAGAAUCAGGUCUGUCCGAUUCUGUGCACCGUGAGCUGCAGCACAAGAGGGACCAAGCUAGCCAGAUCCACAAGAUGGCCAUGGAGAUCAACAAUGCUAUCCUCUCUGAAAUGCAAAUCCCGUUGUCAUACAUAGAAACGCUUCCAAAGACAGGGAAAGUCGGGACAGGUGAUGUCAUAUACCGGUACAUGUCUUCAGGGGAUCAGUUUUCACCAGAUCACCUCCUUGACUUCCUAAACUUGACCUCCGAACAUGAGGCACUUGAGAUCGCAGACCGUGUCGAGGCUGCUAUGUAUGUCUGGAGAAGGAAAGCAAAUAUGACCCACGUGGUGACAAAAUGGGAGAAUGUUACCGAGCUGAAUGCUGAUGGGGACAAGAAUUUGAUCCUAGCAAGCAGGGCCAGGGGCCUGCUGCUCUGCUUGAAACAAAGGUUUCCGGGCCUGUCCCAGACUACCCUGGACACAAGCAAGAUUCAGUACAAUAAGGAUAUUGGACAGGCAAUACUUGAAAGCUACUCAAGGGUGCUGGAAAGUUUGGCCUACAAUAUUGUCUCAUGGAUAGACGAUGUUCUCCUUGCAGACGAAAAUGCAAAGCAAGGGAACAACACCAGAAUACAGAAGCAGGUGUUCAGCCAGGUCUCUCCUCAGCGAUGAGGAUGAUGAAAACACAAACAGAUAACAAAUGAACUGAUUCUUUGGCUCCAUAGAAUUCUUUAUGGUUGGCGUCAAGACUUUACUGAGUGGUGUCUGUGUGUGUGUCAUUGUUUUUGGGAGAUGGAUUGAUGUCAUGAUGUGUGUAAUUAUAUAUGACAGCUUCA